AUGGCUCCCUACGCGGUGUCGAAUCCGUGGCUCUCUCCCUUCCCGUAUUAUCAAACACCGACAAUAUCGAACUCGGCCUAUGUUCAGCCCGCAUCUCUUGAUUGUCAACAUGCGGGUCUGUUUCCUGGCUUUACGACCGUUCAUAUUUUCUACGAUCUAUCGGGCCCUCCCAUUUCUUGGAUAACUUCACGCGCUGCCUGUGGUCGUUUGGGUCCUGGGCGACCGGAAAGUCCUCUGAGGAGGCCACCCCUUCGGGGGUGCAACAACUCCCCUCUUCUGCGGUUCCGAACGCAUCUGGGUCAUCGGAGACCCAAAAGUCCUCUGCGGAGGCCACCCCUUCUGGGGUGCAACAACCUCUUUUUACAAGCGAAUCUGGGUCAUCCGUGGCCCCAAAGUCCUCUGCGGAGGCCACCCCUUCGGGGGUGCUUCAACCUUCUUUGCACACCUGGGUCCCCUGUGGCCCCAAAGUCCUCUGCGGAGGCCACUCCUUCGGGAGUGCAAACAACUUUCCCUGCUGCCGCCGCCGCCGAUGCUGCCGCCGCUGCCAAGAAGACCGGUGGUCCCCGGCCGGGUGCCCGUCGUGGGCGUAAGCCCCGACGGCACCUGUGCCCCCAUUGUCUCAAAUGGGGGGGGCACCGACCAGAGGAUUGUUUUGCCCGACCCCGGGCUGCCGCUGCUCCCGCCGCUGCAAGUGUGGUGAAUAACUUCACCGUUAUGCCUGGUGCUGUUGUCCAGGCUGGGCCUGGGGGCUCGACCAGUGGCCGCCCCCGUGCGGUCAAGCAGAAGAAGCAGAAGAAGAACUAG